UAUAUACUCAGAGAGCGGACAUACGUGUGAUCGUUUUUGAUUGGUUGUUCGAUUUUUAUGAUUUUAGUCGCCAUCUUUUUGCCAAAAAUACUAACUGCGAUUAAAGUCUACUACUAAAUUUGUAUUAAAUAUUUGUAAAAGUAUGCCUGGUUGUGCUGCAGUAGGCUGCCAUAACAGGCCUGAGAAAGGAUUUAUUAUGAAAUGCUUCCCAAGAAAUGAAAAACAACGGGCGAUUUGGACAUCUAAAGUUAAACGACUUAACUGGGUACCUACAAACACAAGCUUUUUAUGUGAAGUACACUUUGAUGCUGAUCAAUGGGAAAAAAACAUAAGAUGGAUCAAGAAAACUCAAACAUAAUGCAAUUCCUACUGUCUUUAAACAUGUUAGAGCAAAACAUAAGCGAAAAAAUCCACUCGAGCGUUUUCCAAUACCAAAAAAAAAGAAAAUAAGUUGUAUAGAAUGAGAAGAAGUUGUAGAAAAUAUUUUAAUUGAAGUAAAUAACAAUGAACUAUCUGAAGUUUGCACAACUGAGGUUGAUAAAAGUUUACUUAUACAAGACUUAAAUGCGAAAUUGGAGAGAUUAGAAAAAAAAGUCAUUAAUCGAAAAAAAAAAAUUAACAUUUUAAAAUCGAAAGCAAGAAUAAAUACUAUUCAAAAAUAUAAUCAUAUAAAGAGAGAUAAAUUUAGAGUUUUGAAAACAAUAUUUAAAGAAGAUCAAAUUUUAUCCUUAAGUAGAAAAAAAUAUGAAAUUCAUUAAAUGGUCAAAUGAUACUAUAAAUGAAGCGUUAGAACUCAAAUUUACAUGUGGUCAAAGUGGUUAUAAAACUUUACUUCGUUUAAACUUACCAUACCCAUCAUUACAUACCCUACGACGAAGAUUAGAAAAUCUAAAAUUUCAAAGUGGCAUUCUAACAGAAGUCUUUGAGUUUAUGAAAACUAAGGUGAAUGCCAUGAAAAUCCAUGAAAAAGAAUGUGUUUUAAUUCUUGAUGAAAUGUCAAUAACUGAAAGUGUUGACUAUGACACAUCUACAAGCUCUUACUAUGGAGUUGUUACAUUACCUGAACAUUAUGGCCAAGCUAACCAUGCUUUAGUUUUUAUGCUUGGAGGAAUAUCUACAAGAUGGAAACAAACUGUUGCAUAUUAUUAUACUGGAAGUUCUGUUUUAAAAAACAUUGUCCUAUCUAUAAUAAAGUAUACUGAAGAAAUAGGAUUAAAAGUUAAUAGUGUUACUUCUGAUAUGGAUGCCAUUAACCAGGCAAUGUGGAAAUGUUUUAAUAUUUUUUAGCUGUACUAAAAGUGGCAGUAUUUCUAGUUCAAUUUAACACCCAUGUGACCCUACUCGUACAAUUGAUUUUUUAGCAGACGUACCACAUUUAUUAAAGAAUAUAAGUACAUCUCUUUUAUGUAACAAACAUUUUAUAAUAACAGCUAAGAUUCAAGAAAAAUAUAAAGUUCAAUCGCCAAUUAUAGAUUUAAAACACCUUAACAAGCUUGUAGACUUUCAAGAAGGUAUGGAUUUGAAGUCUGCUUACAAGCUUACAUCUGAACAUCUUGAUGAAAAACAUUUCAACAAAAUGAAAGUAUCAAGAGCAACAUCUGUAAUGAAUCAUGAUGUAAGUUGUGGGUUAAAAUUUAUUGCAAGUGAAAUAAAAGAUGAUUCUAUUCUCACAACUGCUCGGUUUAUAGGAAUUGUUGAUAAAUGGUUUCCAUUAAUGACUUCACGAAACCCAGGUAUGGCUCUUAGCUUGAAAAAUGACAAAGUUUACAAUGAAACAAUAACUUUUUUAAAUGAAGUCAUAGAGAUAUUCAAUGGUUUAAAAAUAUUAGGCCAAACUGAAAAAAUAAGUUGGAAACCUAUUCAAUCUGGUGUUAUAUUAUCAACAACAUCAGUUAUUAACUUGCAAAAUAAGUUUCUUCUAGAAAAAAAGUUUGAUUUUCUAAUGACAUCACGAUUUACGCAGGAUUGCCUGGAGAAUCUUUUUUCCCUGGUACGUGCAAAACAAGUAAUUCCUACUGCUCUUCAAUUUAAAAAUAACUUGAAACUUAUUUGCGUUGCCCAAUUCUUGAAAAAAUCAUCAAAAGGCAGUUAUGAUAUAGAUGACCGUCAAUUCUUAUCUGGUUUUCUUGAUAUAGUUAAUAGUAAUGUGCAUAAACCACAGCAAAGAGAGUGCAUUUUUUUACCUAAAGAUUGGGAUAAAACCUCUAACUUAAUCUUAAGUAAUGCUGAGCAAAAUUGUUUGUUUCAUAUUGCAGGUUAUAUAAUUUCUAGAGUUAAAAAAAUUUAAAAAGUUUGCAUAAUUUGUUUUGAAUCUCUAGUUUCUAAAAAUAGAGUUAAUGCUGAUUACACAAAGUUUGUUACAGACAAAGAGCACAAAGUGGGUAGUUUAUUUUUUGCUAAUGAAACAACAUUUGCAUUCUUUUUACAAAUGGAGUUAAUAUUCAGAUCAUUUGAGCCAUACCUUAAUUCCCAAAAGAAUUGUAAUACUAUGCUUUUAGAGAAAGUUAAUUCUGAUGAACAAAUUAAAAGUCUAACUUUGUAUCCUAGUUGUCAUCAAAUUAAAUUGAAGCUAAAAAACAGGUUUAUAACAUUCAGACUUAAAAUAUUUAACCUUAAAAAAAAGCGUUUAUUAUGUAAAAAGAAAAAAACUAAAAAAAGUUCUUGUGAACUUGGCAGCAAGAGUAUGACAAUGCAUGCAUUUGCACUAAAGGUUUAGGUUCAACUAAUUUAUAAAAUAAACUGUAAAGCUUUUUUCAAAUUACUUAUUGAUUACAACUA